GUUUAGUCAAGAUAAAAAUGAUGAACUUAAAAUUCUUUCUUCCAAUUUUAAUAUUUUUAAUAAAUGUUUCCUCAACUCUUGCACAAAGUGAAUACAUAAGUGCAAAUUAUACACUUUUAUACGACUAUUACUACGCUCACCUCACAAUAAACAAUCCAAAUGGAUUAAAUAAUUUUAAUGAGAUAAUUGGCAUGGAUCACAUGAUUGGGAAAAGCGAUAAUGACGUCAGAGUAAUUAAUCGUAUGACUAAAACAGUUUCUACAAAUAUUCCUAGUAUAAUUUGUCAAAAAUAUAAAAAUGCCAUAAAUAUUGAUCUACAGUUGAUUGGAUUUGAAAGGAUCGAUGAUUAUUCUUUUAAUGGAUGCAAAAAUGUCACUGGCAUUUACCUUUAUGGCAAUAAAAUAGCAACAAUACACGAAAAAUCAUUUGCUGAGAACUUUAUGCUUCAAACGUUGUCGUUGUCGAACAAUAAAUUGACGACUCUUCCUGAAAACUUAUUUGUAAAUCAACAAAGGUUGGAAAAUUUACAGCUUGAUGGCAAUCUCCUGUUAAAUAUACCGAAUUACAUAUUUCGACCAUUAAUAAGUUUGAAAUAUUUGUACUUGAGGAACAUGCAGUUGACGACAAUUAAAUCAGAAUGGUUUGAAACUCUCGGAAUGCUCAAAACACUAGAUUUGCAGUCAAAUCAAAUAGAAGUACUGCCAGUUUAUAUUUUUAUUGCACUUGAAAAUCUAGCUUCACUUUACUUAACUAGCAAUAAACUCAAAAUUAUAAAUUCAAACUUUUUUGGACUGAUUCACAAGCUAACUUAUGUUGAUCUUAGAUCAAAUCAAAUCAGUGCAAUUGAUGAAAAAUUCAUUGAUAAUUCACCAUUAAUAACUUUAAUGAUGCAGACUAAUUUGUGUUCUAAUGUUAAUGCAUAUAAUGGUAAUAAAACAAUAAUCAAACAAGGUCUUCAAGUGUGUUUCGACAAUUUUGAGACUAUAAAGAGUACUACCACUACCACAAUGCCACCACCAUCAUGUAAUAUUGCAGAUCCUACAGCUGAACUCUGCGACAUAAAAGUCAAAAUUAGAGCAGUCGAAGGAAAUCUUACUAGCAUUGUUCAAAAUGCAUUCGACUUAAUAAACUAUCAACGAGAUCGCAUCACCAAAAAUGAAAAUGAUAUCAAAGAUCUUAAAGCAACUGUCAGUCAACAACAAAUCAGCUUAGAUGAAAAAGAUGCGUCAAUUGCUGCGAUAAGAGAAGAAAUAAAACAAUUUCAGUCAUCUAGCAAUAACAAUGAUAUAAAUGCUGAGAUUCAAAACAUGCAAGCUAAUAUUAACUUCUUGUUGUCACGUUCUUGUACAUGUAAUUGAUUGCUUUUUAAAUAAUUACUAUAAAGAUUGUGAAGCUAAUAAAGUCAGAG